AUGGCCGCCGUCGCACCGCCCCGUCAUGCGCCUCUCGCCAUGACCACCGCCGCUUCAUCCUCCUACAGCACAGCGCCGCUGCCAUCGCUACCCAGCACCGACGCAGCCUCGCAGCCCCCACGCCCACUGCUCCGUCCAUCGCAGCCCCAGUCGGACGAACCUCGCCACCCCAUCAAGCGCAAAUGGCGCUCGCUCGUCAACUUCUUUGCGCUCCCUAUCCGCGCCUACUACCUCGAACCGCCCGGAGAGGCCUACCGCGCAGAGCUCCGCGCAAGGAGAGCCAACAUGUGGGACGAGAACGGCCUCCAGUACAACGUUUGGCCGUGUCCCGCGUACACUGAUCAGGUGGGCGACGACGAGAUGGUGCUCUUCAAAGCCCAAGAAGAGGCCGAAGCCAUCGCCGCAGCGCACGCCCAGGCCAUCAGGAGGGACCAGCAAGCACACGCCCAAGAAGAAACCGACGACUCGAGCGAGGAUGACGACGAGGAGCGCGCGCAACAACCAGCGGCCACGUCGUCGUUGUGGCCUCAGACACCACCAGAAGGCGAGCCAAUGCGCGCAUUCGGCAUGCCUUUUGCGGAACCUUCGCCGCGCUACGAGCGCAGCGAUCCGCUCGCUGUUGCCACAUCUCCGACUCGCCGGCGUGUCCGAACAGCGAGCAAUGAUGCACUCACCACACCGGGAUUUGCCAACGGCAUCACCAUGUCGCGCCACACUUCGACUCCGCUCUGCGCCUCCUCUCCUGCACCAGGAGCUGCGGCGUCGUUCUUGUCGCGCAGAUCGCGCGCGCAGUCGAGCGCAACUCGUCCUUCCACCAGCGCUACAGCGCGCACCAUCUCCGAGCCACUCAGCUGGACGCUGGUGCGCUCCCAGUACUCGUACCCCAAACGCGGCCUCACCGCUCAGCAGCUCUCCUUCCUCAGCUCCGUAGAGAGCCUCGGCCGAUUCGGCGUGCCUCUUUCCGCCGCCCCCUCAGCAGCCCCUUCCCCAGCAUACGAACACAGCCCCUCCGCUACAGAUUACGGCUUUCCCAUCGUCAACUCCCGUACAUGA